GCACGCACUACUCCAACUCGGCGGGCGUGCUGCACUACCUGGUGCGCGUGGAGCCAUUCACGUCGCUGCACGUGGAGCUGCAGUCGGGGCGCUUCGACGUGGCCGACCGGCAGUUCCACUCGCUGCCCGCCACCUGGCGCCUGCUCAUGGACAACCCCAACGACGUCAAGGAGCUCACGCCCGAGUUCUUCUGCUUCCCGGAGUUCCUCCGGAACCAAAACAAGUUCGACCUGGGCCUGCUGCAAGGCACGAAGGAGCGCGUGGACGACGUGGAGCUCCCGCGCUGGGCGCACUCCGCAGAGGACUUCA